UUGUGCAAGUGCACACUUGCAGAUGUUAUUCUUUUCAACAGGAAAAGAUCUGGUGAAGCCCAGAGGUUAAAAAAAGAAGACUAUUUGAAGGCAUCAUUAAAUCCCAAAGUAGAUGCUGAAGUUCAAAAUAGUUUAUCAAAAUUUGAGCGCAAGUUGUGUGAAACGCACAUGAGGGUGGAAACUAGAGGAAAAAGAACUAGAAAAGUGGCUAUCAUCUUUACUAAGGCUAUGAAAGCGAACAUUGAUUUACUCCUGAAAAUGCAUGACAAAAUGGGUAUUGUGUGCAAGUAUGUUUUUGUGCCUCAAACUACAAACCAACCAUACAGAGGAUGUAGCAUACUGAAAGAAAUGGCCCUAGAAGCUAACUUGCAACAUCCGGAGAGGGUAACUUCAACUAAUUUAAGAAAACAACUAGGUACAAUGUGUCAGUUGUUAGGAUUAACAGAAACAGAACAAGACGUGUUAGCCAAGUUUAUGGGUCAUGACAUCCGUGUCCAUAGAGAAUUUUACAGACUGCCACAAAGUACGAUUGAAAUAGCCAAAGUAACUAAAGUGCUGCACUUGCUAAAUGCAGGACAAUUGUCAGAGGUCCAAGGCAAAGAUCUUGAUCAAAUUGAUGUUGAAAUAGAACUGGAGGAGGAUACCGAUGAUGAAAGUGACUUAGAUGUUGACCAAAAAGACACUGACCACUGUCAUAAACAGCAGAAACCACAAAAAGUGAAUAAACGACAAAACACCAUGCCGUCAGACACUGAUGAAGAUGACAGUGACGCAGAAUGGCAGCCACCAAAAAAGCAACUAUUUGCUGCUAUUGGAAGUGAUAGUGAGUAAUCUGAUAGCGACAAUACCCACUUAAAGACGAAAGUGAAAUUUGGUAAAACCCACCCACAAAAGGGAAAGAGAACACCAUGGGGUGCUGACGAAAAAGCUGCUGUGAAUCAAGCUUUGAGUAAAUGUUUCAAACUUCAAAUAUUGCCUUCAAAACUGCAGUGUGAUGAAACCAUAAAAAAGAACCCUUGUUUGAAAAACAGAUCAUGGACAAUGGUUAAAGGAUACGUAAGAACAUCUUUAGAAGCCAUUAAGCGUAAAGACAAAAAAAUGUGGCCGGUGGAGUGAACUUUUUAGCUCAGAGCCAUAUUACAAAUAUGGGGGUUAAAAGUAGAAUGUAAAGAGCAAUUUAAUCACUAUGAAAAUGUACAGACAUAACGGAUAUAUGUCAGAUUGGUUUGAUAUGAAGAUUGGUCUCCUUCAGGAAUGUAUUUUAUCCCCGAUACUGUUUAAUUGCUUUAUAAACAACUUGGCUUGUCAACUUAAUGCACUAGGACUAGGUAUGGUACACGUUUGUUAAUAUUGAUGUAAGAUUUUUUGUCUUGGAGAGAGCUCUUUUUUUUAAAAAAUCGUCAAUUUUUGAACUUAAAUAUAAAAAUCUGUGAUCUCAUUUUUUGU